UGCACGCCUACGGCCACCCUCGCUGCCGCUGCCCAGGCUUCGGGCCCCACGGUGCGGAAGCGUCCCGAGAGGGGACCAGGUUAUCUGCAGGACCCCCACCCCCCCCACCCCCGCCUUCCGGGAGAGGCAGGAGGGAGACCAGCAGGGGUGCGCACCCGCUCUUCCCUUCUUCGGGUCCCUCGCCGAAUCCCCCGGCGCCCCUCCGCGCGCCGCCUGGAGGGCGAGGGCGCGGGGCCGAGGUGCGCAGCAUGGAGUGGGGUUACCUGUUGGAAGUGACCUCUUUGCUGGCCGCCUUGGCGCUGUUGCAGCGCUCGAGCGGUGCGGCGGCUGCCUCGGCCAAGGAGCUGGCGUGCCAAGAGAUCACCGUGCCGCUGUGCAAGGGCAUCGGCUACAACUACACGUACAUGCCCAACCAGUUCAACCACGACACGCAGGACGAGGCGGGCCUCGAGGUGCAUCAGUUCUGGCCGCUAGUAGAGAUCCAGUGCUCGCCCGACCUCAAGUUCUUCCUGUGCAGCAUGUACACGCCCAUCUGCCUGGAGGACUACAAGAAGCCCCUGCCACCUUGCCGCUCGGUCUGCGAGCGCGCCAAGGCCGGCUGCGCACCCCUCAUGCGCCAGUACGGCUUCGCCUGGCCCGACCGCAUGCGCUGCGACCGGCUGCCGGAACAGGGCAACCCCGACACGCUGUGCAUGGACUACAACCGCACCGACCUCACCACAGCCGCACCCAGUCCGCCGCGCCGCCUGCCGCCGCCACCCCCCGGUGAGCAGCCGCCCUCCGGCAGCGGCCACGGCCGCCCGCCGGGGGCCAGGCCCCCGUCCCGCGGCAGGGGCGGUGGCGGCGUGGACGCAGCGGCGCCCCCCACGCGCGGCGGCGGCGGCGGCGGCGGCGGCGGCGGCGGCGGCGGGAAAGCGCGGCCCCCUGGCGGCGGUUCCGCGCCCUGCGAGCCGGGCUGCCAGUGCCGCGCGCCCAUGGUGAGCGUGUCCAGCGAGCGGCACCCGCUCUACAACCGCGUCAAGACCGGCCAGAUCGCCAACUGCGCGCUGCCCUGCCACAACCCCUUUUUCAGCCAGGACGAACGCGCCUUCACCGUCUUCUGGAUCGGCCUGUGGUCUGUGCUGUGCUUCGUGUCCACCUUCGCCACCGUCUCCACCUUCCUCAUCGACAUGGAGCGCUUCAAGUAUCCCGAGCGGCCCAUUAUCUUCCUCUCGGCCUGCUACCUCUUCGUGUCAGUCGGCUACCUGGUACGCCUGGUGGCGGGCCACGAGAAGGUGGCGUGCAGCGGCGGCGCGCCGGGCGCGGGCGGCACCGGAGGCGCGGGCGGCGCGGCGGCUGCAGCGGCGGCGGGCGCGGGCGCGGCGGGCGCGGGCGCGGGCGGCCCGGGCGGGCGCGGCGAGUACGAAGAGCUGGGCGCUGUGGAGCAGCACGUGCGCUACGAGACCACGGGCCCGGCGCUGUGCACCGUGGUCUUCCUGCUCGUCUAUUUCUUCGGCAUGGCCAGCUCCAUCUGGUGGGUGAUCCUGUCGCUCACGUGGUUCCUGGCGGCGGGCAUGAAGUGGGGCAACGAGGCCAUCGCCGGCUACUCGCAGUACUUCCACCUGGCCGCGUGGCUCGUGCCCAGCGUCAAGUCGAUCGCCGUGCUGGCGCUCAGCUCCGUGGACGGCGACCCGGUGGCCGGCAUCUGCUACGUGGGCAACCAGAGCCUGGACAACCUGCGCGGCUUCGUGCUGGCGCCGCUCGUCAUCUACCUCUUCAUCGGCACCAUGUUCCUGUUGGCCGGCUUCGUGUCGCUCUUCCGCAUCCGCUCGGUCAUCAAGCAGCAGGGCGGCCCCACCAAGACGCACAAACUGGAGAAACUCAUGAUCCGCCUGGGUCUCUUCACCGUGCUCUACACGGUGCCCGCCGCUGUUGUGGUCGCCUGCCUCUUCUAUGAGCAGCACAACCGCCCGCGCUGGGAGGCCACGCACAACUGCCCGUGUCUGCGGGACCUGCAGCCAGACCAGGCGCGCCGGCCGGACUAUGCCGUCUUCAUGCUCAAGUACUUCAUGUGCCUCGUGGUGGGCAUCACCUCGGGCGUGUGGGUCUGGUCCGGCAAGACUCUGGAGUCGUGGCGCGCCCUGUGCACCCGCUGCUGCUGGGCCAGCAAGGGUGCUUCGGGGGGCGGCGGCGCGGGCGCCGGGGCCGCGGGGGGGGCCGGGGGACCCGCGGGUGCUGGGGGCGUGGGGUCCGGUGGGGGCGGGGGCCCGGGCGGUGGGGCGGGAUCCCUCUACAGCGACGUCAGCACCGGCCUGACGUGGCGAUCAGGCACGGCCAGCUCCGUGUCUUAUCCAAAGCAGAUGCCAUUGUCCCAGGUCUGA